AAUAGGAUUCCAACCCCUGAUUAUGCCCGAAAGGAGAGGAGGAAGGAUCUCGUUGCGGUUAGAAUUAUAACUUUGCACGAAUUUAUACUUUGAUAACGGAGUAUGGCACCUGUUGAUAGUUCUCCGAGAGAAAAUAUGGGUGGAUUCGAGUUGACAUGCUCGUUAAAGGCAGUGGAUACGAUUCCGGUCCAUAUGUAUAAAUCCACGAACACCGGCAUGACAGUUUGUAUCGCAGAAGUAGACGGACCGGUUGUCAGUGGUUAUUUUAAUCUUGUUACCGAAGCACUCGACGAUGAUGGCAUUCCUCAUACACUGGAGCAUCUUAUCUUUUUGGGCAGUGAGGAUUAUCCCUACAAAGGUGUCCUGGAUCUCUGGGCUAAUAGAUGUCUGGCAUCUGGCACUAAUGCUCACACAGAACGUGACCAUACUUAUUAUACCAUGACAACUGCUGGCAGUGAAGGAUUCCUCUCGCUAAUGCCAAUUUAUCUUGAGCAUAUACUUUAUCCUACUCUUCAGGAUGCUGCCUAUCUUACAGAGGUACAUCAUAUUACUGGUGAGGGUAAGGAUGCAGGUGUAGUUUACUGUGAGAUGCAAGGUAGAGAAAAUACAGGAGAAUGUAUGACAUUCACGGAAUUAUCAAGAGCAAUUUAUCCUGGUGAAUGCGGAUAUAAAUCAAAUACUGGAGGUGCAUUAAAGAAUUUGCGAAAAAGUACUAGCAAUGAGAAAGUGAGACAAUAUCAUAAGGAGUUUUACAGAUCAGAGAAUUUAACUGUAUUAAUAGUAGGACAAGUGAAACAUGCUGAUGUUUUCAAGGCUUUGCAACCCAUAGAGAAGAAAAUAAUUUCAAAGGGAAGUAGAGGACCAUUCGAGAGGCCUUGGCAAACUCCAGUUGCACCACUCGUGAAAAGUGUGAAUCUGGAUGUUUGCUAUCCAUGCGAUGACGAAGAUAACGGAAUGGUGUAUAUCGCUUGGCGAGGACCAUCUGGAGUUAAUGAAUUAUAUGAUUGUCUCGGCUGCACUCUAUUUGCCAAAUACCUCACCGACACGUCUGUCAGUCCAUUGCAGAAAGAAUUCGUCGAAAGAGACAGUCCUUAUGCUAGCAAUGUGGAUUACAUUCAGUACAAUUUCUCAAUUUCAACUUUAUGCUUCAUGUUUGAGAAUGUACCAAAAGAUAAGAUUCCCCAGAUCAAGGAGCCCCUUAUGAAAGUACUCAGCGAUAUAUGUAAAGACGGUAACGGUAUAGACAUGAAGAGGAUGAGAACUGUAAUUCACCGGAGCAUCCUUGAAGUUUUAAGUGCCUUGGAAAACGAGCCGCAUGACACGAUCGCGUACAUGCUCUUUGGGCAUGUAUUGUAUGGAAAUACAAAAGAAGAUCUCGAUCAGAGGUUGAAUACCGUGCGUGACUUCAAGAAACUCGAAAACGAGCCUGAAUCGUAUUGGAUAAAUCUCUUGAAGAAAUAUUUCGUUGACACGCCGAUGAUCAUUGUGAAGGGCAUACCUAGUAUAGAAAAACAGCGCACUUUGACACAAGAGGAGGAACAACGAACGGCCAAGCAAAUAGAGAAGUUGGGCACGGACGGCUUAGAACGCAAAGAACUAGAACUCCUGAAAGCUAUCGAGGAGAACGAGAGACCGGUGCCUGACGAGUUGUUGGAAAGUGUACCCAUACCCGGCACGGACACUAUUAACUUUCAUCAUAUCAAGAGUUACACCACAGAAACCCCGGAGCAACAUUCUAGACUGGAUGUCACUAAAUUGCCUUUCUUCACUUACUUGGAUCACGUUAAUACAAACUUCGUUUACCUGUUUGUCCUUAUGGACACUUCCUCUAUUACCAGAGAAUACAGAAAGUAUAUUCCGCUGUUGCUGGAAGUCAUUAUGGAAUCUCCGGUGAAGAGGGAUGGUCGACUGAUUCCUUACGAGGAAAUAGUGGCCGAAUUAGAAGCUGAUACUAUAGGAACUGCCACUCAAAUUGGUUUUAUUAAUACUUUGAGAUUUUCGUGCGGUUCCUAUAGCCAUACUGUCAACUUGAUGCUUCAGCUCGAAUUGGAAAAGUAUGAGAAAGGUGUGCAGUGGAUCAAAGAACUCUUGUAUGAUACCGAAUUGACGGUUGACCGAUUGAAAAUCAUUGCGACGAAAAUGGUGAACGAUGUAGCUCAACAAAAAAGAAACGGAUCCAAAAUUGCAGGCCACUUAAUGAAAGGAUUACUGUACAAUAAAGACAGCAAUACCUUCACAUCCAGUAUGUUGCGGCAGCAAAAGUUCCUUACUGACAUCUUGGAACGUCUGAACGAUGAGACAGGAAAAAGAGAAGUUAUCGCGGAGAUCGAGUCGGUCAGAAAAACUUUAACGUCUCCGAAAAACAUGGUUCUGUAUAUGGCUGUCAACGUAGAGAAGUUAACGGUGCAAGUUCCAAACGUUUACGCCCCGUGGAAUAUGUUCUUCUCCGACGUGGGAACUUCAGCAAAAACCAAGCUCAGCGUCACUUCCGACUGGUCGCUGAUGAAUUCCGCUGAUGACAUCGCCAUUAGCGGCUGCAUCACAGGACUGGGAUGCAUCGAGUCUUCGUUCUUGUGUCAGACUUGUCCGUGCAUAACUGACUAUCACAGUCCCGACCUGCCGGCCUUGACUGUCUGUUUGCAGUAUUUAACUCAAGUGGAGGGGCCUAUGUGGAGAUUGAUCAGAGGACAGGGACUUUCGUACGGAUACAGCAUUUAUCCGAAAGUGAACGAAGGACUAUUAUACUUGGCAUUUUAUAGAGCUACGAAUGCUGUGGCUGCGUACAAGGAAACGAAAUCAAUAGUGGAAACUCAUCUCUCCGGUGACAAGUGGGAUAAGCUGCUUUAUGAGUCAGCGAAGUCGUCGAUGAUCUUCGAGAUAAUCGAGCAAGAGAAGACAAUAGGAGACAUUGUGACGUAUUCAUUGUUGUCUUACUUUAAGAACAUACCGCACGACUACCAUCGUCAGAUGGUACGUCGCAUUUCCGCUGUCACUACGGAGGACAUGACCCGUGUAGCGACCUUGUACCUAAAGCCGCUGUUUGAUCCGAAGAAAUGCAAGACUACCGUCGUGUGUCAUCCCUCCAAAGUCGCGGAAAUAGGAGAGGCCUUCAAAGCGAUGAAUCAAGAUCUAAAACUGUACAACUGCCUUGAAGAGACAUACCUAAGCGAGUGGUAAAAAAAAGAGCUUAUCUGUCAAUUACAAACUCGGAGAGCAUUUAUACCUGGCAAGACUUUGUAAAGGUUAUGCCGACUGAACUUUCCUAGAGUUUUCAGGCCGACGUACAUUAUGAGGAAUUAUUACAUCGCCUAAUAAUAUGUAGAAACACUGUAUAACAUGUUAAAACGUGUGCUCGCUUUUGCGUACAAGCAACGAGAAAUGAAUAAGCAUUUAUUAAAAUAUUAAAUCUUAAUAAUUGUUGUAACGGA